AUGGAAGUUAAACUCAGCUCCUUCUUUUGGUUAACCAACGGGUACAGUCUCGGUACGAUCCCAUUUCUGAUCGGUGCAAUGAGCUAUCGUGAAAUAGAGCAACCCGUCGAUCUUCCGGUUGUGUAUCGUCACAAUGCCACAUCAUCCUCUGGAACGAGCGAUGGAAACUAUCGGAACAACCUGUCGCGCACUAAUCCGUCGUUGGGGAAAAGCAAGAGCGACCUCGACCUGACUAGCAGCAAGUUCGAAUACAACCCAUCCGGAGACCCCGAGACCUACACGACCAUGUCGUCCACUUUGGCCACCCGUCCGGAGCGAAGCUCCUCGACUGUAGUCCCACCAACCCCUCCCCCUUUGCCACCAAAACCACCCAUAGCCGUUACAGGGAUCUAUCAGACCGGCAGUGGGCGCCGGGUUUCCACCAUAACGCCCUCGUACGACAUUUCGAAGAGUAUCGCCGAAAGUGCAAUGGACAUUUCACUGCUAACGGCCAACGCAAACCAACUGAGACUACUCAUUACCUACAACCAGGGCUCGAAAACGUACGUCGCCUGUAUUACGUUCGUUAUCAUGUCACUGGUGCUGCAGAUGAUGGUCGCGAUCACGAUGAUCAUCGUUUCGCUCACAAAGCCACAACGAGACGAUCCAAAGAGGCAUAAAGUUAAGAUCGUUACAUCGAUCGGUGUAGCUAUCAUAACGAUGAUCAAUAUCCUUGUAGCAUCGCUGGUUGUUGCGGAACAACCUCCCAAUGCUAUAGUAGCUUCUUCCGGUGGUGUUAUUGGUCUGCUAACCAAUAUUAAUGUGUCUGAUGCGAUUGGUGGAACAUAA